AUGCCGCCGCACCGCCGAGAAACUUGGGGCUACCGCGGCGUCCGUGCGAGCCCCUCCGGCGGCUUCUCCGCCAAUAUCCGGUUUCGCGAGAUGCGCCUCGGCCUCGGCACUUUCGACACCGCCCAUGAGGCCGCCCGCACAUACGACGCGGUGGUGUGGUGCCUCCGGAGGCCUUGUAGGGAGAUGAACGUCCCCAACGUGCCGGCGUGGGAGCGGGCGCAGGAGUUCGCGCCUCCGUCGCGGCUUAUCACCGACGAGGAUCGUCGCGACAACCGAAGGCGGGAGCACCAUCUCGGUAUCGCCGUGAUGGACGAGGAAGCCAUGGCGUUGUGGCGCUAA